UUGUUACAAUAUUGACUGAUAUUAUAUUCGACUGUCGUACAUACAGGGCUUGGCACGCCUGCGCUCGUGCCCGCCGUCCUCCUCACUUGCCCGCGCUCGCACGAGUCGCCCGUACCCACCAUCCUCCGGCCAUCCUCCCCGCUCACUCACCUCGCGCACCCGUUUUUUCCACACUCCAGCUCUGCCCACCGUCUUCUAUUUGCCCUUUCCGUUCCUCCCGCACACGCGGUCUGUUUGUUGGCCGCGGUUGCGUGCUGGGCAUUCGCCCGGUGCGCUCGCCGUCGACAUGCGUGUCAUUGUGUGCGUAUGUGUGCUUGCUGUCCUACUCACCUGCUUGUGCAUGCCCGCCGUCCCACUCGCCCGCCUUUGUGUGCGUUUGUCAGUUGUUCCUGCAUGCUGGGCAUUCAUACGCUGUCGCGUGCCGGCUUGCCCAUCUACCCACCCUCGUGCCUGUUCACUCACCUCCUCACCCGCCCACUUGGCCGUCUGUCCCGCCCUGCAUACUCAGCGUCACCGUGCGUGUCACGCUUGCCAUGCCGUUCGUGUCGCUGUGCCCCGUGCCUGCCGCCCAAGGCUUGCCCCUCCUCCUUGAGUGUCGUUGAGCCUGCACCCUUGGUGCACUCGUCGGUUGUUUGCUCGCGGGGCCUUUGUCCUGUGUGCACGGUGUCGCCGUGUGCGCCGUGCUCGCGUGUCAUUGUACCCGAGACUGCAGUGGGUGGAUUACUCACCUACACUCACCACUCACGUGUAGCGCGCAAUGCGGGCGACGGUGUGUACAGGCGACGCGACGCGGUGAGGGAUGCAGUCGGUGGGCGCGCGCAAUGGUUGAGUGCGGCGGCCAGAUGCGGGAGGCGGCGGCAUGACGUGGCAGCGGCGGGUGUUUGCUGGCGGGUGGCGGCACCUGCAGGCGCUGGCGUUGGUGGCAGCGGCAUCGGUGCGAGCAAGGGUGUUGUGGGCAGUGACGGUGAGGAGAGGACGGCGGCGGUGGGGUGGGAGAGGGGCACGUUAUGGGCGUGCAACCGCAGCGCGAACGCGGCGGCAACGGGUCGACGGCGGAUGCGUGCUGGCGGCUUGCGAUCGCAACGGAUAGCGGUUGGCGGACGUGCGGGGUAGACGUGACAGGACGCGUCGAGGGGGGCGAUGCGUGUAUAUGCGGCGCGCAACGCACGCACCCGCGGUGUUGGAGGGAGACUCAGGGAGAGGGAGAGUUGGACUUAGAGCGUUGAGGGACCCGCUCUCGGUGGACACCGGAUAGAUCACGUGCUGCGCUGACGUGUUCCGCUCAGCGCUUCGCGACCUC